UCCGCCGCUCUCUGGACCCACUGAGUCGGCCGUUGCUCCUUGUCCUACUCCGACGGAUCCGGCUCAGCCGCCGCCGGUCGGCCGAUUUGUUUGUCCGUCGCUCCGUGCGUCUGUCCAGCAGGGUGGGCCAGGCUGCGGUCCUCGGAAAGCGCGUCGCAGUUUCCCGCGCCCUGCCGGGGUGGGCGCCGCUGCCCGCAUGGCCGCCAUCAAAGCGCUGCAGCAGUGGUGCCGGCAGCAGUGCGAGGGCUACAGGGACGUGAGCAUCACCAACAUGACCACGUCGUUCCGCGAUGGCCUGGCCUUCUGCGCCAUCCUGCACCGCCACCGGCCGGACCUCAUAAACUUCGAUGCUCUCAGGAAGGAAAACAUUUAUGAGAACAACAAACUGGCUUUCCGUGUGGCCGAGGAACAGCUGGGCAUCCCGGCCUUGCUGGACGCAGAAGACAUGGUGGCCCUGAAGGUGCCUGACCGGCUGAGCAUCCUCACCUAUGUGUCCCAGUACUACAACUACUUCCAUGGCCGCUCCCCAAUUGGGGGCAUGGCCGGCGUGAAAAGGCCCCCAUCCGGCUCAGAUGAGGAACCGUCUGGGAAGAAGGCGCCAUCCCAGCCGGCCAAGCUGCCCUCACCCGCCCCGGCCCGGGGGCCUCCACUGUCUCCAGCCAGGACAAACCCUGUCGUGCAGAGGAAGGAUGGGGGUGCAGAAGGCCCACCCCUGAAGGCCGGCCUGGCAUCAGCGGGCAGCUCGGUCAGCAGCACCUGCGGAGUCUGCGGCAAGCACGUGCACCUCGUGCAGCGGCACCUGGCCGACGGGAAGCUCUACCAUCGCAGCUGCUUCAGGUGCAAGCAGUGCUCCAACACGCUGCACUCAGGGGCCUACAGAGCCACCGGAGAGCCAGGUGUCUUCGUCUGUACCAGCCACCACCACAAAGCCACCUCUGCAAGCCCCAAGUUGCCAAGUUCGGCCCCCAAACAGCCAGAGGUCAUCCCUACGGACUCCAGGGCCCCCAGCACCCUGUGGAAGGCCCAGGAGGCGAAUGGGCUAAGGGAAGCAGGGCCAAAGGCCAGGCCACCAGCUGGGAGGUCUGCAGUGGGCAACUUGACUGCCAAAGGCUUUGCUCUGGCUGCAUCUGAUCCCUCGGUCACCACCUCCUCGCAUGGCCAUCCAGGGAGCCCAGCUGGGCCCACAUUCUCCACAAGCCAUGUGAUGGAUGGCAAAACUGGCACGCGUGUUACCAACAGCUCCCCAACAGGAUGGUCGUCGCCUGCCCAGGACACGGUUGACUCCCAUCCUGCCGUGCCCCCGAGUACCCUGAACCCUUACCCAGCCACACCACAAGGCAAGGGAGCCCCCCACGUAGCAGCUCUUCAGACCAAGCUCAGUUUGAGCUCUGCAUCCCCAGGCAGAGGGGACUCCCCAGCAUGGACUCCAUCAUCCUCCAAGACCCAGCAGGCUCGGGAGAAGUUCUUCCAAACCCCUGGAGCCACCCCCAGCAAUGGCCCAGCUGGCAGGGUCUCAGCUCCAACAGAUGCUCUUUCCAGGGAGCAAGCACUGAGCUUCCUCAGGAAGGCCCUUCCAGGGCUGGGGGAAGCCAGUCCCCAGGCGCCUGGCAGGCCAUCCCCAGUCACCUCCCCUGCCCCAAAUUCCCAUCCCAAAACUGAAGGGCCACAAGCAAGUCCCUCAGUCAAGCUGUCACAGUCAGCGUCUCCACAGCUUCUUAGUCCCCGGUUGAGGACAGAGCCAACAGCCGCCCCGAACAAAGGCAGCUCCUCUCAGGCGUCCACAUCGCCCCAGGUGGGCAGGAGUUUGGCUGAGUCCUCAGGAGGUGGCAGGGUGUGUGCUGGCUCCAGGUUGAAGCCAGAGGCCCCAGCAGCAAAGGGCACAACUGCCAGUGCCCAGGAAGGCCAGGAGGACGGGCCAGCAGGAUGGAGGGCCCGCCUAAAGCCUGUGGAUAAGAAAAGCCCUGCUGAGAGGGCUCCACAACCGAAGGAGCUGCGGGUCCCGGCAGAACCCAGAGUAGGGGAUGUCUCCAGGAAAAUGUCAGGCAGGCCCAAGGAGGGUGUCCGCAUCACCUUGACCCCUGUGCGUUCUGACAGGGCAGAGGGCUCAGCCGGCCCCAGGCCCAACCUCUCAGCCCCCUCCCCAUCCAACCGCAGGAAACUGGCUGUCCCUGCCGACCUCGAUGUGUCUGCUGACUGGCUUGGGCCUGAGCUGUCGGGCACAGAAGGCUGGGCCCGGAGCUGCAAGGAGGAGAAAAAGUCCCAUCCUCAGGGCAAACCAGAGAGGCCCCUGGGCCCAGCCAGUGUCCCUGCUCAGCCCAGUGAGACAGUGACGUCCCCUGUCAGGCUGCACCCUGACUAUGUGCCCCAAGAGGAGAUCCAGAGGCAGGUGCAGAAAAUUGAGCAGCAGCUGGACGCCCUGGAACUCAGGGGCAUUGAGCUGGAGAAGCGGCUGCGCGCGGCCGAGGGAGAUGCCUCGGAGGAUGGCCUCAUGGUGGACUGGUUCCAGCUCAUUCACGAGAAGCAGCUGCUGCUGAGGCUGGAGUCAGAGCUGAUGUACAAGUCCAAGGACCAGCGCCUGGAGGAGCAGCAGCAGGACCUCGAGGGCGAGUUGCGCCGGCUGAUGGCCAAACCCGAGGCUCUGAAAUCACCCCAGGACCGGCAGCGGGAGGGGGAGCCCGUGAGCACCGUGAACGACCGCAGCGACAUCAUCGACUUCCUGGCUGAGGACCGGCUCAGGGAGAAAGAGGAGGACCAGAUGCUACAGACCAUGAUCCAGAACCUGGGCCUCCAGAGGAAGAAGUCCAAGUUCCGCUUGUCCAAGAUCUGGUCCCCAAAGAACAAAAGCAGCACCUCAGAGUGACCUGCCUGGCAGACCUGUGGGGCCAGACCCAGCCGCUCAGGCUCCAAGUGGGCUCAAUAAAGAAACUGACCACGUA